AUGGACGGGGCCGUGAUGGAAGGGCCGCUCUUUCUGCAGAGUCAGCGUUUCGGUACCAAGCGGUGGAGGAAGACCUGGGCCGUGCUCUACCCGGCCAGCCCGCACGGCGUGGCGCGCCUCGAGUUCUUCGACCACAAGGGGUCGAGCUCCGGAGGAGGGGGCCGGGGGAGCUCGCGCCGCCUGGACUGCAAGGUGAUCCGCCUGGCCGAGUGCGUGAGCGUGGUGCCCGUGGCCGUGGAGAGCCCCCCGGAGCCGGGGGCCGCCGCCUUCCGCCUGGACACCGCGCAGCGCUCGCACCUGCUGGCGGCCGACGCGCCGGCCAGCGCCGCCUGGGUGCAGACGCUGUGCCUCAACGCCUUUCCGAAAGGCAGCUGGGGUCCCGCGCCUGCCGAGAACCCACCCAACCUUUCUGCGCUGGAGAUGCUGGAGAACUCGCUGUACAGCCCCACCUGGGAAGGAUCCCAGUUCUGGGUCACGGUGCAGAGGACGGAAGCCGCGGAGCGCUGCGGCCUGCAUGGCUCCUAUGUGCUGAGGGUGGAGGCUGAGAAGCUGACUCUCCUGACUGUGGGAACUCAGAGUCAGAUACUCGAGCCUCUCCUUUCCUGGCCCUACAUUCUGCUGCGUCGCUAUGGCCGAGACAAGGUCAUGUUCUCCUUUGAGGCUGGUCGGCGCUGCCCCUCUGGCCCCGGAAACUUCACCUUCCAGACGGCGCAGGGAAAUGACAUUUUCCAGGCGGUCGAGACUGCUAUCCAACGGCAAAAGGCCCAGGGCAUGGCUGGUCAGGGGCAGGAUAUCCUUAGAGCUGAUUCCCGGGAAGAAGCGGCGGAGGGGAAUCUGGCUUCCCACCCUGGUGCCCAGGAGCUGCCGGACAGCCCCCCGGCUCUGUAUGCCGAGCCCUUAGACUCUCUGCGUGUUCCUCCGGGCCCUUCCCAGGACUCCCUGUACUCGGACCCUUUGGACAGCACCCCUGCUCAGGCAGGGGAGAAGGCACAGUCAAAGAAAACCCUCUACUGGGACUUGUAUGAGCAUGUGCAGCAGCAGUUGACGAAGGCCAAGCUGACGGACCCCAAGGAGGACCCCAUCUAUGAUGAACCGGAGGGCCUGGGGCCGGCUGCUACUGUCCGGGGCCUUUACGACCUGCCGCAGGAGCCCAAGGACGCAUGGUGGUGCCAGGCCCGCACGAAGGAGGAGGGCUACGAGCUCCCCUACAACCCCGCCACCGAUGACUACGCCGUGCCGCCCCCUCGGAGCACAAAGCCCGUCCCAGCGCCCAAGCCCCAGCGCCUGGCCUUCCCUGAACCUGGUACCGCUGGCGCCAGUGGCAGCAAAGGCCGCAGCUCAGACACUGCCCUGUACAGCCAGGUCCAGAAGAACCGGGCCUCAGGGAACUGGGACUGCGGGCUCUCUAGCAUAGGGGCCGACAGGCCUGGAGUCAAGUCAGAGGGCUCCACCUGA